AAUAACCUUAUGUAGUCUUUUAUCACGCCAAACUGUGAUACCAUAUGUCUUACUCAUAAAUUUGUGUCCAGACAAUCAAAGCAUGUCGGCAUAAUUAAUUUUCAUCAACUCACACUUUUACAAAACAUAACUAACACAAAAGCAUUCAAUUAUUCUUCUAUAUUUAAACCAAACUAUCAUACAAUAUGUCUGAUUAAAAAAUCUUUGAACAGAAAAUGAAAGCAUGCCGUCAAAUUAAACGUCGUUUAACAUUUCACGCUUGUUCAGAUUUCAGGGGCGAAUUGUCUUGGGGUGAGAUUUCUUUGGGGCGAGUUGUCUGAUUCCCAUUCCGAAUGGACUUUGAAAGAAACGAACGACAACUUUGUAAGAAAACCCGCCAAUGGGGCUCGCGACCAAUCGGAUGGAUGCUAUGCCUGCUGGGAUCGCCAUGCUCUUUUUCGACGCGGACAGUGGACCCGACAUGACCGACCUAACGGACUCGACUUGACGGACUCGACCUAAUCAAUUUUCUUUAUUCUUAGACUUAAGUCUAAGAAUUGUUUGGUGAAUACGGGCCUAGCAGAUUCUUUUGUGCACGAGAUGCGGUCAAAAAGAAGAAAAGACGAAAGAACCAAUCCAGACUUGGUGGCAGAGGAAAGUAUAAAAAAGAAUGCAGAUCUUGGUGGAUUUUGUGUGGAUACAAUUCCACCUAAAGGUAGAGGAGUUAGAACAGAAGUUCAUAGAAACAAGGGCGACUUUCUCCUUACCUAUCAUGGAGAAUUAAUCACAGGAGAAGAAGGCAAUAAAAGAGAACUAAUGUCUGUCUCUGUCUUCAGAUUCUUCUUUUCUUUCAAAGGGAAGCAGUGGUGCAUCGAUUCUACCCUGGAAGUCAAAAGUGGUCAGUUCUUGGGUCGACUUGUUAAUCAUGGCAAAGGCAAAGAACAAAACUGCAAAAUGAAAUGCAUAGAGGUCAAUAAAAAACCAUACCUAUGCUUAUUUGCUCAAAGAGACAUUCAGACAGGAGAGGAGCUUCUUUAUGACUAUGGUGUGUCUGAUCUACCAUGGAAGAGUCCAUGUCAACUGCUGACAGUGAAGAGCCAGGCAGUCUGACCCAUGAUAGGAGGGAGCCAAGUGAAGAGCCAGCCAGUCUGACCCAUGAUAGGAGGGAGCCAAGUGAAGAGCCAGCCAGUCUGACCCAUGAGUCCAUGUCAACUGCUGACAGUGAAGAGCCAGGCAGUCUGACCCAUGAUAGGAGGGAGCCAAGUGAAGAGCCAGCCAGUCUGAGCCAUGAUAGGAGGAAGCCAAGUGAAGAGCCAGCCAGUCUGACCCAUGAGUCCAUGUCAACUGCUGACAGUGAAGAGCCAGGCAGUCUGACCCAUGAUAGGAGGGAGCCAAGUGAAGAGCCAGCCAGUCUGACCCAUGAUAGAAGGGAGCCAAGUGAAGAGCCAGCCAGUCUGACCCAUGAGUCCAUGUCAACUGCUGACAGUGAAGAGCCAGGCAGUCUGACCCAUGAUAGGAGGGAGCCAAGUGAAGAGCCAGCCAGUCUGACCCAUGAUAGGAGGGAGCCAAGUGAAGAGCCAGCCAGUCUGACCCAUGAGUCCAUGUCAACUGCUGACAGUGAAGAGCCAGGCAGUCUGACCCAUGAUAGGAGGGAGCCAAGUGAAGAGCCAGCCAGUCUGAGCCAUGAUAGGAGGAAGCCAAGUGAAGAGCCAGCCAGUCUGACCCAUGAGUCCAUGUCAACUGCUGACAGUGAAGAGCCAGGCAGUCUGACCCAUGAUAGGAGGGAGCCAAGUGAAGAGCCAGCCAGUCUGACCCAUGAUAGAAGGGAGCCAAGUGAAGAGCCAGCCAGUCUGACCCAUGAGUCCAUGUCAACUGCUGACAGUGAAGAGCCAGGCAGUCUGACCCAUGAUAGGAGGGAGCCAAGUGAAGAGCCAGCCAGUCUGACCCAUGAUAGGAGGGAGCCAAGUGAAGAGCCAGCCAGUCUGACCCAUGAGUCCAUGUCAACUGCUGACAGUGAAGAGCCAGGCAGUCUGACCCAUGAUAGGAGGGAGCCAAGUGAAGAGCCAGCCAGUCUGAGCCAUGAUAGGAGGAAGCCAAGUGAAGAGCCAGCCAGUCUGACCCAUGAGUCCAUGUCAACUGCUGACAGUGAAGAGCCAGGCAGUCUGACCCAUGAUAGGAGGGAGCCAAGUGAAGAGCCAGCCAGUCUGACCCAUGAUAGAAGGGAGCCAAGUGAAGAGCCAGCCAGUCUGACCCAUGAGUCCAUGUCAACUGCUGACAGUGAAGAGCCAGGCAGUCUGACCCAUGAUAGGAGGGAGCCAAGUGAAGAGCCAGCCAGUCUGACCCAUGAUAGGAGGGAGCCAAGUGAAGAGCCAGCCAGUCUGACCCAUGAGUCCAUGUCAACUGCUGACAGUGAAGAGCCAGGCAGUCUGACCCAUGAUAGGAGGGAGCCAAGUGAAGAGCCAGCCAGUCUGAGCCAUGAUAGGAGGAAGCCAAGUGAAGAGCCAGCCAGUCUGACCCAUGAGUCCAUGUCCACUGCUGACAGUGAAGAGCCAGGCAGUCUGACCCAUGAUAGGAGGGAGCCAAGUGAAGAGCCAGCCAGUCUGACCCAUGAUAGAAGGGAGCCAAGUGAAGAGCCAGCCAGUCUGACCCAUGAGUCCAUGUCAACUGCUGACAGUGAAGAGCCAGGCAGUCUGACCCAUGAUAGGAGGGAGCCAAGUGAAGAGCCAGCCAGUCUGACCCAUGAUAGAAGGGAGCCAAGUGAAGAGCCAGCCAGUCUGACCCAUGAGUCCAUGUCAACUGCUGACAGUGAAGAGCCAGGCAGUGUGACCCAUGAUAGGAGGGAGCCAAGUGAAGAGCCAGCCAGUCUGAGCCAUGAUAGAAGGGAGCCAAAUCCUCAAGUACCUCAUCGAGACGUCUAUGAACGGUUUGCUGAGAUUUUUCUAGAAUCCAUCUUAGCACAAGGUCUGGCUGGGGCCUCCAGGCACGUUCACGACAGAGAGUCGAGCACAGCUACAGGUUUAUAUAACUGCUUAAUAGUUAAACAAGGCUUUUUUCCCCUUUUUUGUGAAAUAAUGAGUCAUAAACUUGUCAAAAUUGUGAAAAAAUGAGUAGCAACCUUUUCAAAAUUGCAAAA